AUGGCAGAUCUACUCAAAAGACAUGUAACAAAUCACGACACAGAGCCUGCAAGCAAGCGACAAAAGCGCGAGAUCGCUCGCGAUACCAGAGUCGUUCAGGCCUGCGAAGCUUGCUCCCAAAGCCAUCUCCGCUGCGAGGACGAGAAGCCAUGCAGUCGAUGCAAGAAGAAGAAGAUACCCUGCCGGGUACCUGAAGUCCCGGUUACAGACGAAAACGACAUACAUGAGAUUGAUGCAGUUCAUGCGGCGCAGGAUCUGCUCGAUUUGUCGAAUGGCUUCGAUUACCCCUCAUCGCUGCCGGCUCACGGCGGCAGCGUCAAUACAUCUGCAUCUACGACCUCAGAGACUCCAGAACCAUUUCACAACCACGCGACCCUAGUCGUUACCGACGCGAAUACAAUGCACCGACACUCCGUAGCUUCUGGCGAUCUCGAGACAAGGACAGCAGGUAUGGGCGACAUGCAGCCACCACCGCCCAACAACGGCGGCGGCCUUGUCGCGAUGAACCAAAACUACGAAGACCCGAGCGCAUCUAUGCCUUUCUUCGAUAAUUCGAUUGCGCACUUUGACAACACGCCAGGGCACAAUCCCUUCUUGCCAGACUAUUUCCGCAGCAUGCCCCCAUUUGAAGCGUUCCUGUCUGGUCAGGCAACUCCACGGGGUAUUAUGGACCUCAGUUUCGAUCUGGAUGUUGGCUUGACCGACCUUGAUCUCGGUCUCCUUGAUCAAUACAACUUCCAGGUCCCGUUCGCUGCUGAUACACCAUCCACGGACGCUCAUGGCGCUGAGCAACCCGUACCUGAGACUGAUACGGCUCCUGUGAGGGCGGAAGCAUUCAAGCAGAGCAUCUGGCGUUAUCUUCCACAACGUUCCAGGAACCCCACCGCGGAACAAGUCAACCUGGCUGUCCCGGACACAGAGAAGGACGGUUAUAGACGCUCAAACUUCACACACCGCCGCGUCGUGGCAGAGAAACUACCACGUGCCAGCCGCGACCGGUUGAUGGCUUUGGUUCUCGACACCUGUAGCCGAGAGAACGUCAAACGUAUUGCAUCGGCAUUUCCUAGUAUGGAACUACUGGACGGUCUGAUCCAGUAUUUCCUCUCAUCGCCAUCGAUAGACGCGCCAACGUGGUUUCACCUUCCUACUUUUUCACCCUCGAAGUUGAACCCGGAGUUGCUUGCUUCUGUCGUGUCUGCUGGAGCGGCCACUCUUCCUGACAUAUCUUUGCGAAAGCUGGGCUACGCUCUGCAUGAGGCUUCAAGAUUAGGGCAGUCCAAAUCAUUCGAAGAGGACAACACAGCUAUCAGGGAUCUUCAGCACUUGCAGACGUUCCUGCUGCAACUCAAAGUUGGCAUGUGGAGUGGCAUCAGCCGAAAGAUGGAGAUUGCAGAGAGCUUUCUCCAGCCGCUGAUGACGAUGCUUCGCCGUGGUGGUCGCUUUCGUCGUUCGACUUGGAAAGAGAUCAGUCCGUCUCCUGACGAUCAGGGCCCUGUUUUGGAAGACAAAUGGCUGAGUUGGGUUAACCAAGAGUCCUUUCUUCGCUUGGUUCAUCGCGCCUUCGAGUUCGAUCGGCAGUCGUCGAUGGCAUUGCUUAAGCCACCACUGCUUUCCUACGCGGAGAUGCAAUUACCCUUGCCGAGUUCGAACUCAUUAUGGCAGGCCAAAUCCGCUGCAAACUGGAAAAUGGCGUACCUGAAUGAUGCAUCGGCAACUGCGAAGCGACCAUCGGCGACCGAAUGCCUACUUGAUUUGGAACACCUCACUCAGCAUGACUAUGCCAGUUCGACUUAUCUGUAUCUAAUGUGGGGUCCAAUAUGGGAAUAUCGUCAGAUGUGCGCCUUGACAUCUAGGUCACAGUCGCUGUCAACCAACAGCCUCAUUCUGUCAUCGCGCUACCAAGAGCUCACAAAGCAGCUGGAAGAUUUCAGGCUCAGCACACCUCCCAUGACUAAGAGCGUUGAGAUAACACUGGAGAUGUUGCUAGUUCAUCUCAACGCACCUCUCGAUGACAUUCAGCUCUUCGCGGGUAUCGAAGGGCAAGAAGAAGCACGCAGCGCGUACCCUGGCCUCCGAGACUGGGCAAAGACUCCCUCAGCGCGUCAAGCACUGUGGCACGCUGGUCAGAUCUUGCGCGCCGCUGAAGUGCUACCAAAAGCUCUGCUUAGUAACUUCAACGCCAUUGCUGUGUAUCACGCGGGGCUCAUACUAUGGGUCUACGGCUUUCUCAGACGAUCUGUAACAACCGAACAGAUCGACACGGCUGUUGUGCUCAACGGGGACGACUCGUUGAGCGCCCGCAAGUUUAUCACUCUAGAUCGUGGUAUUCCAGCGAUUAAGAAUUCCGGAUCACAACAUCCCACCCAUUUGAGCGAUGUUUGCGGAGUCAUGGACGGUUUGACGCAACUGCUUCGAGCGCAUCAUGACGCGUCAGAACCUUCUCCGCCGCUGGUCGGCAACUUGGUGCAAUUGCUGGAAGGCCUGCGAUCUGCCAUCAAAUGA